AUGUACUCGGAUAUUCUUGCUGUUCUCUUUCCACUGGAACCAAACGCAGCAAGAGCCUUUCGACUCCCUGAAAAUGCGCCAUUUCAUCACGAACCAAGUACUCCGCUCACUGACUGGCAAACCUGGGACCUUGGAAUGAAUUGGGAUGACUACGAACACCUGAGAAUCCAUUUUCAACAUCCCCGGCGCAAGUAUGGAUUUCCUGAUAAAGUCAGCCGGCCUAACUACAAAAAACCUCGCUGGACGAUAGGGGACGAUCCAACAUCCACUGUCUACUUGGGAAAAGAUCUCCUCAUCGAACCUGAAACCCUAGAACUAAGUAUCUAUCGCCAGUCUAAGCCUUAUAUCGUUUUAUCCAGACGUUCGAUUAAGGAAGGAAGCAGUGAUGUGUCUACGGUUUUUGUUAGCUUCGAUGGCCAAAACACGUCAAAUGCAUUCUAUGGCACCUCUAUUCUUGCAUUUCAACCAGGUUGCAUUGCACCAUGGAAGAAUGUGACGAUAAGUAUAGGACCUCUUUCUUUUCGAAUCGCAUUUCCGAAUCAUAACAAGACACCUCUCGAUGGCCCAUAUAUGCAAAACCUUGUCCAGAGUGCGUCCUGGUUCGCUCCGGUGGAAUAUGAUGUGGGGAGUAGGUCUCCAUUACGCAAGCCACAACGUUAUCAUAGAGGGAAAAUGCUUGGCCAAGGCGGGUUUGGGGCAGUCUACGAAUAUUACCAAUACACCAGCGGGCGGACAUAUGCUAGAAAAGCUAUCAAACCAUCAAAAAACGACCCCAAUGGUCAGAAUACCUUGGAAAGAGUGGAGAAGGAAUUCACUUACAUGAAAAGAGAUUCCCGCUUCAUUGUCGAAGUUUUAGGUAUAGUAACGGAUGGCUUUGGGUCUCUCGUUAUACUUAUGCCGAUAUAUCCUCUCAAGAGCUUAGCUGCUUGUUCCCUCACGGACAGAGAGUCUGUUACCGCUUUCAGACAAAUUCUAAUGGGACUUAAGCAGCUCAAGAAGUUCGACAUAUUACAUCGUGAUAUAAAACCAGGUAAUAUUUUAGUCAGGAAGCGGAACCCGGAAAACUUCCAGAUUGUUCUUACAGACUUUGGUCUCGCGGGUAAAUACACAGAACAGUCCGAGUACUUCUAUGGAACAGCAUAUUAUAAGGCACCCGAGGUCUUCGACGAAAGGGCCGAUGUAAUCGAUGACAGGUCUGAUGUGUGGUCAACUGGCAUUAUUAUGCUUGAGAAGAUGUACGGGCUUGAUACGAAAAGGCACCCCAAGCCCAAAUGCGACUCUGAAAGAGACGAAUGGAGGUUUGAUGAGGAUAAUGCUGGAGGAAAUCUUUGUGGAUUUUGA